AUGUCUCGCGCUAUUCUCGUCACCGGCGCCACUGGCAAGCAGGGCGGCGCCGUCAUCGCCGCGCUGCUCGCGCAAAAGGCAAGCUUUCAAAUGCUCGCCCUCACGCGCGAUUCCUCGUCCGCGUCCGCGCGGCGACUGGCCUCCCAAUCUCCCAACAUCACCCUCAUCGAAGGUAAUCUGGACGACGCAAGGUCCGUUUUCGAAAAGGCCAAAAAGGCCACGUCCGCCCCGAUCUGGGGCGUCUUCAGCGUCCAGUCGCCGCCCAUGAACAAGACCGGUCCGACCAUUGAGGAGAAGCAGGGCAGGGACCUCGUCGACGCGGCCCUCGCCAACAACGUCUCGCACUUUGUCUACUCGUCCGUCGACCGCCACGGCGCCAAAUCGGCCACCAACCCGACCGACAUCCCCCACUUCAUCAGCAAGCACAACAUUGAGCAGCACCUCAUGCGCAAGGCGGCCGGCACGUCCAUGCGCUGGACCAUUCUGCGGCCCGUCGCGUUCAUGGACAACUUUGACGGCAGCCUCGUCAGCCGCGUCUUCGCGACGUGCUGGAAGCAGUUCCUCCCCUCGCGGCCCCUGCAGCUCGUCGCCACGGCGGACAUUGGCGUCUUUGCCGCCAAGGCGUUUGCGGACCCGGCCGCGUGGAGCGGCAGGGGCAUCUCGCUGGCGGGCGACGAGCUGACGUUUGAGCAGAUGUCGGCCGUCUUCAGGCAGAAGACGGGCGCGGAGGCGCCGCUGAGCUGGGGCGUGCUGGCGAGGAUGGCGCUGUGGGCGUCGAGGGAGAUGAGCACCAUGUUUGCGUUUUUCGAGGACGAGGGGUACGGUGCGGAUAUUGAGGAGGUGCGCAAGCUGCACCCGGAGCUGAAGACGAUGGGCGCCUGGCUGGAGAGCUCGGUGUUUGUCAAGAAGGCUUAG